AGUGUUCCAUCGCCUCCAACAACACCUAUAUUUUCGAUCUGCAGUCUAUUUUGGAUCGAGCAUCACCUCGUGUCGUCUCACGCUCGUCUCACAAGAACUGUUUCCGCUGUUAAUCUCGGUUUCGGAAGGGUUCAGACUAUCGCACGCGCCAUUUCUCUCACGCGAUCUGCAUGCCGCGCGCGCCCACUUCCGCCACUUUGUGAAUGUAGCCCAUUGAUCUGGAAGCGACUGUCAAACACACCGUGCAUGGAGACGUCAAGUGAGGCAACAAUUCCCCGCUCACACAUCCCUUCCGCGAAUGAUCGGCGGCUACGAUGAACACCAGCGAAGCGGUCUUUGAGGCCGAAGUCGAUCUCAAUGGUCAAAGGUCACAUCAAAGGCGACAGCAACAUGAUUCGCAGAUGGGGGCGCAAGGCUCACGGACGAGGCCUACCGCUGGGGAUCUGAAAUCAAGGGAAGAGUCGGACAUUGCGGGUGAAGAGACGGCGCUCCUACGAUCGAGUAUGGAGGAACAGGAUGCGCUACCUCUGCCGUCCGACGUCGACGACUUCGCCGGGUUUCCAUGGUACAAACGACCGUCGAUAUGGUGGGUCAUUGGACCAUUCUUCCUACUGGCGUUGGCGUUCGGUGGGAUCAUCACGCCCAAGAUGAACCUCAUGCUGGAUUUGGUCUGUCGAGAAUAUUUCGCCGAGCGCCAGAGGUUAGACCCAGGCUUCACGUUGAUUCCAGUGGACUUCAACAAUGGCGAGAAUGAACAGUGCCGCAUCCCUGAGGUUCAAUCGCGAGUCGCGGCCCUGGCAACGUGGGGAAGCCUGAUCACCGGUGUUCUGUCGGCCAUCAUCAGUCCCAAGCUCGGCUCCCUGUCCGAUCGAUACGGACGGAAACCGAUCUUGAUCCUCUCCAGCAUGGGGACGAUGCUCGGCGAGACGGUGACGAUCGUCGCCGCCAAUUUCCCGGAGACGUUUCCAUCGUCAUUGUUGCUGUUAGGCUACGCUUUUGAUGGUCUACUCGGAUCGUUCAUCCUGGCCAUGACCAUAUCCAAUGCGUACAUCACAGAUUGCACGACCCCGCAAGCGCGGAGCAUCGGGUUCGGAUAUCUUCACGCCUGUCUGUUCGCGGGGGUAGCGUUGUCGCCCAUUCUCGCUGGAAUCCUCGUCAAGGUGACCGGUCAGAUCAUCACGGUGUUCUACAUUGCCAUCGCGGUGCACAUUGCCUUUAUCCUCUACAUGGCCUUCAUUGUCCCCGAGUCUCUAUCGAAGAGACGGCAGGAGGAUGCGCAGAAGAGGCACGUUUUGGACCACAUCCUCGUCGGUCCCGAAUGGGAUGUGAUCAACAGCAUCCGGGCGAUGAACAUCCUCGAGCCGCUCAAGAUCCUCUAUCCCACUGGACCGGGCACGACGUCGGCGCUGCGAUCGAACCUUGUGUUGCUCGCUUCGGUCGACACGAUCGUAUUCGGCGUGGCGAUGGGUGUCCUGCAGGUCUUGAUCCUCUACCUGAACUACCAGUUCGGCUGGACGAGCUACGACUCCGGCGUGUUCAUCUCGAUCGUGAACACGUCCCGCGUGCUGGGCCUGGUCGUCGUCCUGCCGCUGAUCACGCACUUCUUCCGGAACAAGAAGGUCCUCCGGCACGACAAGGGCAGCGACGAGUUCGACCUCGGCCUGAUCCGCCUCGCCAUCUUCUUCGACACCGUCGGCUUCCUCGGAUACACCCUGGCCCGGACGGGGCCCCUCUUCACCCUCGCCGGCGUCGCGGCGUCGCUGGGCGGCAUCGGGUCGCCGACGCUGCAGUCGGCCCUGACCAAGCACGUCCCGGCCGAGCGGACGGGGCAGCUGCUCGGCGCCCUGGGGCUGCUGCACGCCUUGGCGCGGAUCGUGUCGCCGACGGUCUUCGGCAUCAUCUACGCGUCGACGGUGGGCAAGUUCACCCAGACGGUCUUCCUGUGUCUCUGCGCGACCUUUGGUUUGGCGUUCGUACUGAGUUGGUUCAUCCGUCCUCAUGUCUACUACGAGGACCAAAAGCUGUCGGACGACGCAGCCGACGACGACGAUGCCGGCGGAGUCGCCACCGGGGCAGGACCGGCAAUCGCCACCGCCAGUUCGCUGACCGCCGUGACGGUCGGCGGGAGAUGAUGAUGACGGAGAGCGGGAUCCCGCCCCUCUGUCUCUCCUCUCCCGUAGAGAGAUCCUCCGAUGAGAGGAGAGAGGGGGGAGAGAGAAAGAAAGACGAUUGCACACACACACACACACACACACACACACACACACA